AUGAGUGAACAAUCAAAAAAAAACAAUUCUCAAGAGGGAAAUACAGAUGAAAGUUCUCCUGAGAAAAACUGUCAAAUUGGACAGAAACAACUGCAACAAAUAGAGCGGCAGUUAAAAUGCUUGGCAUUUCAAAACCCUGGACCACAGGUAGCAGACUUCAACCCUGAAACAAGGCAGCAGAAAAAGAAAGCACGUAUGUCAAAGAUGAAUGAAUAUUUUUCUGUGAAAUACAAGGUUAUGAGGAAGUAUGACAAAAGUGGCAGGCUAAUUUGUAACGACACGGACCUGUGUGACUGUCUGGAGAAGAACUGCCUGGGCUGCUUCUACCCCUGCCCCAAGUGUAACUCCAACAAGUGUGGGCCCGAGUGCCGCUGCAACCGCCGGUGGGUGUACGAUGCCAUUGUCACUGAAUCGGGGGAGGUUAUCAGCACGCUGCCGUUUGAUGUUCCCAACUAGGAGCUGUUACGUAUGGACUGAAUUUUUUCUUCUUCUCGUACAUUUAAGUUGACCUCUUUCUCUUGAGUGAAUUUUAGGGCUUGGGGAAAAUGUUGGAAAAACCUACUUAAGACUCAUGUUCUCUCAAGCAGUAGAACAAUACAGAAUAGUAGUAAUUCUGUAAACUUCUUACUAUGUC